GCGCGACCCGCGGUGUUUCGACAAUCGAUGUAGUUUGGAGACGACGGUGAUCGGCGAUUAAAUUUUCGGCGGAGCUGCGGGACUUUUUCCUCCCGGCGCCGCGAGAACCGAGUGAUCUUACGUUGAGCAGAAAAAGCUGCUUCGCAACUGCCGUAAAAUUCAUUAAUCUGAUUGGAAGGAUGCCCCUAAAUUCACGCAAGAUGAAGAGAAUACGUCGAUCAGAUUCGCGAAUUUUACAACAGCCGCAAAGCGCGGCCAUUGUUAACGACAAUCUCAUUGUCUGCUUUGUUCGGUCAGAGAGAAACCUUUGAGCGCCGGGCGCGUUUUACUUGAUACCGCUUUCGCGAGACUGUUUUGCGCCCUUUUUUACUCUUGGAACUAUUUUGCUGUGCAACUUCUGACACUAUCUGCCGAUAAAGUCACCGCUCGGUGCGUGUCCAUGCUCAGGAUUUCGCUGCGAAAUUAAAAAUUAGCACAAAUUAUCUGCAUGAUAUUUACAUCAACUUUUCUAAAAUGUUCUUUUGGCCGUGUCAGCUUGUGCUGGAAGCUGGGCGCCACAACCAGAAGAGGAAGAAGAAGGAGGCAAUAUGUUCUGACUUUCGAAAAGACCGCGCGUUCGAGAGUGCGCGCGCACCCGUUGAAACACGGGAUCAGCCGGCUUCGCACCGCUCUGCACGCUCGUGCCAGCGACGGGCGCCGUUCGCGUCGUAAGUACAGUUUGAGGGUCAAGUAAGAGAUAAAAGGAGCCGCGGGAUGAUCAGGAGUAACGCGUGGAGACUGGACCUCCUCGUCAGACGGUGCCAAUAUUGUUGCGCCUCGCUGAGAGCGACGGCGGGAUGCCCGGCGAGGCUCGCCGCACGACACGCCUCGGGCGCCAACGCGCGAUUCGCCAGGUACGCGGGUCGAAGGUGGCGGCUCGUCGUCCCGGCCGGGAUCUGCUUGUCGCUGCUCGCGGCGACGCAAUGGAACUACCUGCAUAAGUACGGCUAUCCCGUCCACGUGGACGACCGGCCGGAGCUGCUGAACGACGUCGUGGUAACGUGCUACUGUUGCCUGCCGCUGAGGACGACCAGCAGACUGUGGGGCUGGCUGACGAGCGUCGACCUGCCGGUCGGCCUGCGGCCGAAGCUGUACGGUUUCUACGCGAGCAUCUUCCACGCCGACCUGGACGAGGUGGAGCUGGACCUGUCCGCGUUUCCGAAUCUGGUGGAGUUCUUCGUGAGGAGGCUCAAGCAUGGCGCGAGACCGAUCGCUCAGCACGCGAAUAUGACUUCACCCGCGGAUGGUAGGGUGCUUUAUUUCGGCCCGGUGACCUCGUGCCGCGUGGAGCAGGUGAAGGGGGCGACGUACGAUCUCAGACAGUUCCUGGGCGAUCCGAACGACCUCACGUUGAGCCAAAUCGCAAGCGAGACGACGCAGAAGGACAAUUAUGUUAAUACCCUUCUGAAGAAUCCGGACAAUGCACUGUACCAGCUGAUCGUGUACCUGGCGCCCGGCGAUUACCAUCGGUUUCACAGUCCUGCCGACUGGAAUAUUAAGUUCCGACGCCACUUUCCAGGAAAGUUACUGAGCGUCAAUCCGAGGGUGCUCAAGUACAUGCCCAACUUGUUCUCGUUGAACGAGCGCGUCGUGUACGUCGGGGAAUGGGCAGGCGGCUUCAUGGCUUACGCGGCGGUCGGGGCGACGAACGUGGGCUCCAUCCGGGUCUACUGCGACAAAGGGUUGGCGACCAACACGGUGCACUGGCCGGAGACCGCGCACUGGGAGGAGGCGAACUUGGGUUGCGCGCGCGUCGCCAAGGGCGAGCUGUUCGGCGAAUUCAGACUCGGAUCCACGAUCGUGCUUCUGUUCGAGGCGCCGCGAGACUUUCAAUUCUCUCUGCAGAUCGGUCAGACCAUCAAGGUCGGUCAGGCAUUAAGCGCACUUCCCACCGAGUCUGACGAAAGACGGAGCAAACCGCAGCAUCUAAUCGUGAACGUCGCGCAGGAUUGGAGAGAUAUAUGGAAGCCUAGAGUGUAGAACGGAACGAUCGAGUAGGAACUGCCCUAAUUUUGCUGGAGAGCACCUCGAACGCUCGCGUCUUUGCGCGAAAUGUAGGCGCAAUAGAGAGAACCAAGGUAGAAUUGCGAGAGCUCUAGAGACGAUCGGUUUGCAAGCAAAUAUCGAUCCUGUGAUUACAUACUUCUUGUACGUGGCCGUGUUCGUGCGCGAGAAAAUCGUCAUUUCAUGCGGUCUAUCUGAGAUUACAUGUAAAUACAUCUCUCUAAUUACGCUCAUUCGUUACUUUAAUUGCACGAUACUGAGCACCACGCGAAAGACGGUUCAUAAUAGAUUUGGCACAGUUGAUUUAUUGUUACGGCCGGAUACGUCGGCGCGUUGCCGCGCAACGCGUACUCGCCUUUGUACGACGAGAAGCCAAGGGGGACCCUUAAAUGCGAGAAAACAUAUUUCUCUUUCCCGCUUGUGCGUCACCGCCCAUGGAGGUCGGAUCGUAAAACUGUUUUAGUUGCAUGCCAAAUCGAUCUUUGUUUGCAGUUAAGUCGGCCGGUCAAGGCCGCUAGAUGAAACGCUUUCCUCAAUUAAAGCUCCAACUUCUUUUCUAAAUCAGAAAGCAACGGGUAUACCUUGUUGAAUUUACAGCGCGUACGAAGCGCCGGUCUUGCCGACCCCGCUUAUAUUUUUAUAGCAGCAUUUUCACUGAUCUUCUAACGUUAAUGUUAGUGUUGCCUCUGGAAAAUUUUAUGUAAAUCGUUGUAUCUCUUGUACAAACCCGGGCUUGCCCAGCGCGCGCGAAUAUGGCUUUGCACUUUGCGCCAGAAUGAAUGACAAUAUGAAUACUUGAGUGCGCGGAUAUAUUUUAUGAUCUAUUUUAUAUAAUGUGAAAAUAAAAUAAUGAAAAGACCAAUUAUAAAAAGUACGACAGUUUUUACGAA